GGAGAAGGAAGAAGAAACCCCAAAUGAAAGCCCCCCCCCCCCCCCCGGCUGCUUUCACACUUGUUGAAUAACGUCUCUCUUCGACCCUGCGGCGGGUUUCGGACAUUUUGCCAACCGGUUCCUCGUGCCUGUCUCCCGGGUCUGUUGGAGCGGCUUCACGGCUGACCAACAAUAACAACCAUCCAUUUAUUUCACAGACUCCAAACCGCCGCGGACACACUCGGCAUCCAGCUUUGUGGCUCUCCUGGGUCGAUAUUUCCUCUUUGAUCCUGUUCAUCCAGCUCCGGGCAGCUCGGGGAGUCGCACGGAGCGCGGCGCCCUCCCCUCCGUGCAGCGCCGCUGGGUGGCACCGCUGUCUCCGGGCGGAGGGACUCGGGUCUCGUCGUGGUGGACGGAGCUCUCCACCGAGUCGGGUAUUUAUCUGGAGUGUGAGGCGGAGAGCUCAGGGAGGCACGCCGGCCGCAGCGCCCUCUCCGCCGGGCGGCACCGCUGGCUCGAGCCGGUGGGAUGACUCUCCACCAGGAGUGAGCAACGUCACAUUCACCAGAAAACUAAUCUUGUUUGGAUCACAAAGCCGUGACCCGGUUGCUUGCUCUGUAUAUUUGGACCUUGGUAAUUAGCUUUUGAAGCGGGGAAAGCUCCGGGACACACGCCGAGCACAGCGCACUGUCGCCGGGCUGCGCCGCUGCGUCCGGCCCGGUGGGAUGUGUCGCCACUGGGGGUGGAAUACUUUCUAGAGAUCCAGGCUUUCCUGCAUCGGAGGUGAACCCGGUCGUCGCCUGUGUUGUCGCCCUCCUGUCGGUGUGUUUGAGUGAGCUUUAGGAGGAGGGCAUGGCCGACUCCGGCCGAGCCAGACCGGCGGACCCUGACGCCGCGGACUGCCGGACAGGGAGCCCUCUGACCGUGAAGAAGAGGGCGCAGAAUUCUCCCGGUCUCCGGCCCAGGUACCAGAGCUCCGCACCGGGACACUGCCUCAAGAAAGUCACCCUGACCAAACCCACCUUCUGCCACAGCUGCAGCGACUUCAUCUGGGGGCUCAUCGGCUUCCUGUGUGAAGUGUGUAACUUCAUGUGUCAUGAGAAAUGCCUGAAGACGCUGCGCUCAGUUUGCUCCUGCAUGACUCCGUCUUUGGUCCAGGUCCCGGUGGCUCACUGCUUCGGUCCGGCGGGUCAGAAGAAACGUUUCUGCUGCGUCUGCAGGAAGCAGACGGAGGGAAGCACGGCGCUGCGCUGUGAAGUGUGCGAGCUGCACGUCCACGCUGACUGCGCUGCCUUCAGCUGUGCAGACUGUCGCAGCUGCCACCUGGACGGGACUCUGGAGCAGGAUACGUUUCACCACCACUGGAGGGAGGGGAACCUGGCAUCGGCGGCGAGGUGUGAGGUUUGUCGGCGUUCCUGUGGUUCCUCUGACGUCAUGGCAGGGAUGAGGUGCGAGUGGUGCGGCAUCACGAGCCAUGCGGCGUGUUACCUCAGCGUGCCACCAGAGUGCACUCUGGGACGUCUGCGCUCCAUGCUGCUGCAUCCGGCCUGCGUACGCCUCGACUCCAGAAACUUCAGCAAGAUGCACUGUUACCGCAUCAGUGAGAGCUGCAGCCAGGACCUGGAUAACUCGGAUGAAAUUGAUGCGUCUGCUGCUGUGUCUAAAGACGGUCAGCCGGCUGCUCCAGAGUCAGGGAAACAGUUCCUGAAGGUGUUUGACGGUGAUGAUGCAGUCAAGCGCGGCUUCUACCGAUUGGUCUCCCUCAUUCGAGCCACGAGGAAUGAGGAAGUGGUGGAGGCGGCGCUGAGGGCCUUCUACCUCCCCGAUGAACCUCAGGACUUCGAGCUGCACGAGAUUGGCGGCGUGCAGCGUCUCCAUAGCGACGACAUCCUGAACCGUAACGGCGGUCCUGACAACAGGGGCUCUCUGAAGGACGGAGGUGAGGCCUGGCAGCUCAGGGCCAAACCCCGAGACUCUGAGGUCAUCAAGGUGUACCCAGGCUGGCCCAGGUCGGGCGCACCUUUCGUCUCCGCCACCGCCUCUAAGGACAGCACGGCAGCUUCAGUCCUCGCCGAAGUCUUCAGUCAGCUCAACAGAACGGGGGAAGACGCGUCCUGUUUCAGCCUGCAGGAGGUCUGCAUGAGCAGCAAGCAAGUGCAGAGACAGACGCUGACUCCUCAGGAGAAGAUUCUGGACAAGCUGCAGGAGAUCAGGAAGGUGUCUCUGCGAAACAUGAACCAGACUCGGUUUUACAUCGUGGAGAACGGGAACCGGGAGGUGCGGGUCAGCCUGCUGAUUGGAGGGCUGCCCCCCCUGCUGAGCAAAGAGGAGUACGUCCAGCUGAUCCAGGAACACCUGACCAUCAAGAGUCACCUGGUCACCAUCAGCCAUGUCUAUGCCAGUCAAGGUGCGUUGGCGUUGCAGAUCUCGUGUUUCUCUGAAGCGGAGAGGAUCUACAUGCUGGCGAAAGACACGACUGUCAACAACAAGACGCUCGCUUCCCUCGUCAUCCCAGAGAUCUUGACCAACAGGCUGGGGCCGGACGUCUGUCCUCUGCUGGUGUUUGUCAACCCAAAGAGCGGCGGGCUGAAAGGCAGAGAGCUUCUCUACAGCUUUCGGAAACUUCUGAACCCUCACCAGGUCUUUGACAUGUCCAGCCUCCAUACGUUCCGAGAGGUUCCCAGGUUUCGGGUGCUGGUCUGCGGGGGCGACGGGACGGUGGGCUGGGUGCUGGGAGUACUGGAGGCUGUCCGGCACAAACUGGUCUGUCGAGAGCCGCCCAUCGGCAUCGUGCCACUGGGGACAGGUAACGACUUGUCUCGUGUGCUGCGCUGGGGAGCAGGUUACAGCGGCGAGGACCCGCACCACAUCCUGGUCUCUGUGGACGAGGCAGACGAGGUUCUGAUGGACCGAUGGACCAUCCUGCUGGACGCCCAGGAUAUGUCUGAAGACAGCAAGGACAACGGCUUCCUGGAGCCGCCCAAGAUCGUGCAGAUGAACAACUACUUCGGUCUCGGCAUCGACGCGGAGCUCAGCCUCGACUUCCACCAGGCGCGAGAGGACGAUCCCGAUAAAUUCACCAGCAGGUUCCAUAACAAAGGAGUGUAUGUGAAGGUCGGGCUGCAAAAGAUGAGCUACAGUCGGAGUCUCCACAAAGAGCUGCAGCUCCAGGUGGACACUCAGAACGUCCCGUUACCCAACAUAGAGGGGCUGAUCUUCCUCAAUAUACCCAGUUGGGGUUCUGGUGCUGAUCUCUGGGGGUCAGAGGUCGAUGGCCGCCAUGGGAAACCACGUAUUGAUGACGGCCUGGUGGAGGUGGUCGGGGUGACCGGGGUCGUCCACAUGGGCCAGGUGCAGAGCGGUAUGCGGUCAGGGAUUCGUAUCGCUCAAGGGAACUACAUCAGGCUGACUGUGAGCAAACCCAUACCUGUCCAGGUGGACGGAGAACCGUGGAUCCAGCCGCCGGGACACAUCAUCAUCUCUGCUGCUGGACCAAAGGUUCGGAUGCUGAGGAAGUCCAAGCAGAAGCAGAAGAAGUCAUCGGCUAGUGUGAAGGAUGGACGUUCUGAGAGUCCGUCCACCAGAGACGGAGGACACCGACCAACCUGAAUAUCAGUGUCCCGCCUUUUACCUGCUUCCUGCUGCACCUGGGAAGCUGUUUUGGUGCCAGCUGGGAUUUCACUCAUGCAGCUUUGUAGCGACGCUGACGGGCCGCAGAUCGACUUGGACUCUGAAGGAGGUUUAACGUUUACAUUCCUGCACGUGGUGGGAGGAACUCCUGGGCUUCUGUUCUGCUGACCGAGCACUUAGAGUUCACAAUAACCACGGUUAAUAAUCUAACUAAAGCUUUUUUUACUUAACAUCCAAGAGUAACAAGAAAUUAAUCAAUUCAUAAUAGGAUUUAAUUGGAACAAGGAGUUGAAUUUUAAAAAGAAAUCGAGAAAAGUAUUUAACAGAAGUUGUUGUUGCUGUAAAUGUACAGUACGUAGCAGUAGACUCGGUGUCCGUUGAUUUUGAUUUGUAAUAACUUUAGUGCAGCUAUAGAGUGAUUAUGACCUCAAAGUUUCUCAUAUUGUCAUUGGAGAAUAUGAAAACGCUGAAUCCUGAAGCACUGCUGAAGAGACGGGCAGUUUCUUUAUUAAGAAGCUGUAACCACAUUAUGUUUAUCUCAUCCACAAAUCUCCUGGGAUGCUGAACUGGCCUUCUUCUUCUUCUUCUUCUUCUUCUUCUUCUUGUGUGAAAUCCUUUGGUUUAAGACAAUGUUGCAGUGAAGCUCUCUAAAGCUAAAGAGUGUGCAAAUUCAAAACUAAAAAAAAAACCUGACUCUGAAACCACUGUGCCCUCUAUACAGAGUCAGUAAGCAGAUGGAAAAACAAAAAGUCUGAUCAGUCUGAGCAUUAACUGAAAAGCCUGAAACACAGUUUGUAUUUCAGCAGGUAGAAAGAGUGGAACUUUUAUUUUGGCAACAACAGCAACUGUAAAUAGCAUAUGUCAGUUCUGACGUCAACAAGUUUGUUUUGCCUCAUAUUAUCACCUUUUAAUCUUGUGUGAAUAAGAUUUCAUGCAAGAUCAACUGCAAACUUAAUAAGAAGUUAAAAAAUUAUAUGGUUACAUACAGUUUUUUUUAACUAAAGUUGAAUUUAGUUAAAUCAUUUCAACUACUUUCAUACAAAAACGCAUGAAAAUGUCAUUCCUAGAAAAUCCAUUUUAGAUAAUGCAUAUUUAAUUUUAAUUGGCUUUAUUGGCCCCCUGUAUGCAGGAUAAGCGGUUGACGAUGGAUGGAUGGAUGAAUGGCUUUAUUGGCAAGACGUUUUAGUUCAAACAUGUUGCCAAAGCAGAAAGUCACAUAUAAAUAAUAAAAUAAUAAUCUAAUAAUAAACAGUAAAAAGAAAUCUAAAGAAAAUAACUAAAUAAAUUUCUCAAAUAUAUCUUAUGUAUAUAUGUAUAAUAUAUAUGUCAAAAUAUAGCAUUUUAAAAGUUAGAAAAGCUGUUAUGUAAGCAAAGAGAAGCUAAAGAAAACAUGUGACCAUAUCAAAAGUGACCAAGUUAGCGAAGCAUAACUUUUAAAAUGUAGUUUUUCAACAGUUUACUUUAAAUGAAAACAGGUUGUUCUGAAACACAAUUGUAAAAUCUGCCAAGAUAUAUAUUAUUAUAAGACGUGUGCUGAAGCAGCCAAACAAUUAAUCAAAAAAUGCUAAAACAUACUGUUGGAAUGCUAACGGCAGUGUUAGCAAAAACUAGCUUGUUAAAUAAGCGUUACGUUAAACUUAAUUUAGCUGACCGCUCUAGUCAAGUUAACAUCAUUAUCUUCCGAUCAAAAAGUAAUAGUUGACUAUUUAUCCAAUUUUCUUAUAUUUGCAAAACAUUAGUUAAAAAUUAAAGUGGCGGGCUACAGAUGGUGUUGUUGCUCAGAUAGAAGAUGUCAUGAAUGAUGUUGAAAAAUUAAAGUAGUCUACUUCGAUAGAAACAUUAUGUCUUCAGUUAUUGCUAAAAUACUGAGAUUUGACUUGUCGAGUCUUAAGUUCAUUUUAUUAAGCUGGUUUUAUGAAGACAGCAUAAAUAACAAUAAGCAGAAAGCCCAAAAUUUCCCAGGACCCAAAAUAAAAAGUGGAGAACAGACUGAGGCCAUUGUGAUUCUAGGCAUCACUAGACGCUAGCUCUAGAAUACUUGCUACAUUGUUAGCUGCAUUACAGUGCCAUUACUAGCUUGAAAGCUAGUUAGCUGAAAAGCUUGCUAGCUUGCUAGUAUCUCAAAACUAAAUUUAAUUUGUAAAGUAAAAGGAAUUACUGAAAUGUGUGCUGUGAUCAAUGUAAUUACAGGUAGAACCAGAAACUAUCUAAAAAACCAACGACAUUAGUAGCUUAGCGAGCUGGUAGCCAACCUGAACAUUAUGUUCCAUGUAGUAGUAGGGAACAUAGGAACAAUCCCCUAGUUUACUAGCUAGCAAGCUAACAAAACGUAAAGCUAGCAUGGUACUAGCUUAUAAAGCUGGUGGUCAACCUCAACAUAGGACGUUUGUCAUGUUCCCAUUGCGUGCCAUAAAAAUCUAAGGAACAUAUUAGGGAACGUAGUAGGGAACAAAAGAACAAUCCCCUAAUUUACUAGCUAGCAAGCUACCAACACAAAACGUAAUUUGUUGAUUACUAUUAUUGAGGGUUUACUAAAAUGUACUAAAGGCUAGAAUACUAGCGUGGUACUAGCUAAGCGAGCUGGUUACCAAGCUAGGUAGCUUGCCAAAACAAAAUUAAUUUCAAGCAACUGAUGAAGUACUUUAUUGGUAUUCAUUAUUAAUAUAAGGUAAAAAAAAAUAUUAUCACAUUAAUAGUUAUUUGAAGGAAUGAUUUGCAAUUUGAGGGUAAAAUAUCAAUUUAGGGAACAAUUUAUCAGAAAAAUUCCUGAUAUUAGUGGGCUCAGUAUAAAUGUGAAUAAUGCGAGUGUGGCCAAAAAACGGCAGCAUUUACUGUUAUUCUAAACGGUAAACUAAAUGAUUUUUACAUUUCAUAAUUUGAUUUCAGCACCAAUGCUGUGCAAAAGCCCGCAUCUUUUCAUCUUAUCUUAUUUUGUCGCCACUAGUCUUUCCAAAGUAAAAUUAAAAAAGGUAUUUCUAACACCUUCCAAGACAGAAUCCAAACUCACCGUCACACAUUUCCCCCAAACCUACAACUUUUCAAAGAUGAGUUUCAGCUGCCAGUUUAUACUCAGACAUAAAGACGGAGGAGGAUUUUACGAACUUCGUCCACAUUCCCAGAGACGCAGGAACAAGAAGAAACAGAGUCUGUAAAGGACAGUUUCUGGACUCGACGAGGGAUCUGAAGGUCCCAGCUCCUGAUGUAGCCACAACAAGUAUUGGAUCACUGUACUUUUGUUGUGAUGUUUAAGGGUUCUUUUUAAAUCCAAGAUCUGCAUUAGCUGAUUUAUUUUGAUGUUUUUUGGUGCUAGAAGGUUAAUAUGUUAUAGAUCUGUGUUUGAUUCAAGGAUCCUGUUUUUAUUCAAAGCCUCAAACCAAAGCUCUUCUUUUAUUAAAGCCGUUUUACUGAAGGACUAAUGCAAGAAAUGGAACUUUGAAUUGAAUUUGAAUGCAGGUGGAUUUAUCCCUGAUGGUUGCAUUUAAUGAAUUUAAUAAAUAUGGACCACAGUAAAGGUUUCUGGCUUUGAAUGAGCGGCGAUCUGAGAAUGAGUGCUGCUGAUAACACCUGUGGCAUUAUCAUCGACUGUGGAGUAAACUGCUGAGCUUCAUCAGAGGAGCUGUGAGUAGUUGAAACUGUACAGAUACUGUUUAUUUCAUGCAUGAAGUACUGUAGUUCUGAGUGUUGUGUAUUUAUCUCAUCUUUGUUCCACUAAUGAGUUCGUCUGUCCGCCGUCGCCGUUAAAGAACUGCUGGUUUUACACGUUUCUGACGAUUUCCUGUAUAAACGUCACAUUCCUGCUCA